CUUUAUUGUUAAUACAGUACUCAAGGAAACUGAUAUUAACAUGUGAAUUGUGUCCAUCGAAUAGCAGUAUUCUAUAUCUUGCUCCUGACUUAUCUGCAGUUAUGCUACUGGGACCGAAGUUUGCUUCAAGCUAUCGAAGGCUUAUUUUUCUGUCAGGCCAGCCAUUGGGUGAUUUUCCAAAAAACAGAUUUUGUGGCACAUUGCAUAGGUCUUCAAACCACUCUUCAUGAAAAUGCUUUGCCUUAAAUAUGAUCAUUGGAUCUAAUACUGUCCCAUCUGCAUAGAUUCCUUCAAUAACUGUUACAAAUUCUCAGUUUCCCAGCUGGUUGGUAAAGAGCUUUCCACCUCUUCUUGGUUGAUUGAUAACAUUUACAACUUUCUCUGUUGCAAUACAUCCCAUUACAAAACCAAUCUCAUCAAGGUUGUACGUAUUUUGUUGUAAGACUUGAUACUCUUGAACCACUUUGUUAUA